CUUAAGAACGUUACUAAUGGCAGAUGUCACCUGCCUCCGUCGCCGCGAAGCAGACGACGAUCCCCAGCUUCCUGAGCAGACUCUAACUCUUGAUUCUAUCCCCUACUGGUCCCACGCCGAUUUCGAUUUCGAUUUCUAUCCUUCCGAUCCCGAAUUCCCGCCGGCCAAUUCCCCCCUCCGCCCUCAUAACACCCCUCGUGGCGGCGGCUUGUCUCAUCAAUUUGAAUCCACCAUCUCUCUACGAGGUGAUGAUAACUUCUCGGACCCUGGUUCGAUUCCCAGCACCGAUCUAUUGGACCGCGAAAACCAGGUGAAUUUCGUUAUGGAUCUUUUUCAGCAGCGUGUUGAGCAAUCGCAGGUCAUGGGUCACAGCGAUUUGGUCUCCGAAGUCCUGGAUAAUUCUAAUUUCGGCAUUAUUGAGGGUCAUUCCGACGCGGGUGUUGAUGCUUUGGGUAUGGAUUUCGGAUUGGGCUUAGGGUUUGGCGUGGAGAGGGAUUCUUUGCACGGUGAUGACAAUAGCGGGUUCGUGGUCGAAAAUUAUGGUUCUGGUGGUGGUGGUGGUGGAGAUGGUGACGAUUUUCUCUUCGGGAGGAGGGUUUCUGGAUCUGAGUCUGUGGGGACGCCGUCCACGGCAAGCAGAAUUCGGCCUUUUGACAACUGUGUACGGCUCGUAGAGUUUGGGUCAGAUUCUGAUGAAGAGGAUGAUGGGACUUUGUGCGUGCGGGCUCAUUCGGAAGAUGAAUACAAUGUGCAUGACGAGAACGACGAUGUUGCCGGCUUCCCUCUUUGUUGGGAUUCAUUACAAGUGGAGCAAUACGGGGAGAAUACCGAAGAUUUUGAGUGGGAAGAAGUUGAUGGUCGGGUUGAUGAGAGGGAAGUUUUGAGCAUGCUCACCGGUGAGGAUGAUGCGUCGGUCUCAGUUUCAGUUUCCCCAAUAAAUGGGCUUGAAGAAGAAGCAGCUAUGAGAGCGGGAGGCGUGGAAAAUUUGGGUUGGGAAGUGUUGUUGAAUGCCAAUAAUCUGGACACGAACCCUGAUUUGGAUCACGAUGCAGAACCUUAUUUUGGUGAUCAUGAUGACUAUAUUUAUACUGCAGAGUACGAAAUGAUGUUUGGCCAGUUCGCUGACAGUGAGAAUCCCUUGGUUGGUCGGCCUCCAGCUUCCGUAUCGGUUGUUCAGAAUCUCCCGUCAGUGAUUGUGAGCAAACAAGAUAUCGAGAAAGAUGGGGCACUUUGUGCAGUUUGUAAGGACGAGUUCAAUGUUGAAGAGCAAGCGAAGCAGUUGCCAUGUUCACAUUUCUACCAUGGAGAAUGCAUUGUCCCAUGGUUGGGAAUUCGGAAUACUUGUCCUGUUUGUCGAUAUGAGUUGCCUACUGAUGAUGCUGAUUAUGAGCAUUGGAGGAUGCAAAGUUCUGGCCGUAGCCUAUGAUGCUUACUGGUUCAGAUAUGAUUUUGACCAUUUCUGGGCUUUAGGUUGUUAAAGGUGUAGAUUUUUUGGUUGAGGAGAACCCAUCUCUAGUUAAUUUUCAAUACUUAAAGUUGUUGAGAUUGAGUACAAGAAUGUCUCUUUGAAUUGUAACUUCAGGCUACAGGGUAUAAAUGAAAUUAUUUGCGCAAAUUUGUCUAUUUGU